AUGGCGUGCCCUAUCAGCGUCACCAAGUUCGUCGGAACCGUCUCCCUCGGUCUGCUUACCGGCCUCUCCUACUCAACCUCCUCAAUCACAAUCCCAGCCCUCCAACUCCUCCCAACAGCAACAAGCGCCGCAGCCUCCCUAAACGAAGUCAAGCGCCUAAGCCGCCGAUACGCCCUACGCCUCUCCUUUCUAGCAAACAGCUGCUUUUGCUUCGCAUGGUGCCUCUCAUCACCACGCCGCCGACACCCAUACAUGAUCUGGCUAUGCACCUUCUCCACUAUCGCCGCCCAUGGCCUUGAUUUCUGGUUCAACCGCCACUUGGGCUUCAAGAACUGGGUCUCCGCUGUCAUCCGCGACGUCUCGCAUUUCUCAUUGGUCCGCGACUCGGCCACCAAAAAGGACGAGGAUCUUGUCGUUGUCGAGGCUGAGAGUGAUGUGAAUGGCGAGACUGUCCAGCGGGAGAUGGAGCGUGAGCGCCGCUUGCACCGGGCGCGCGCUUGGUUGUCUGGUAUUGCGCUUUCAAUUGGUAUUGUUGGGCUUUGGGGAGACCGAAAGUAA